AGCUCAUUUGGUGCAUCUAAAUGCUGCAUCUCUUGACUUGAGGUUGAGGACGACAGCUCUUUCGCUAUCACACGUGAUAAUUACAGCUUAUUCCUUCACGUCGCUUCUCACACGAACACACCAAGACAAACACAGGCUGCCAGUAGUCAGGGGUGCGGUGAGAAAUUCUGGACCCUUCGACAACCGUUCAACAAAAGUUCUGACACACUAAAUAUCUUAAAUCUGUGUCAUCUUCUUCCCAGCGGAAUCAUUCAGGGGCAUCACAUCUCCCACAACCUCCCAGUUGCCUAUAAAAGAGUCUUUCAUCAGAGACCAGAAUCCAAGAGACUAGAAUGAGCUCUCCUGGAUUGUAGAUACAGUCAGCAAGAGAUACAGUUCACGUCCUCAGUCUGUAUGGAGAAAGGUCGAGGUAUUUUCUCUGAAGAUUCAGGAUCAAAACCUCAGCAGAGCAGUCGAGAACACAAAUUCGCAGAACAUUCGUAUCCUACUGGGAAGAUCCAGGUCAUUGGAGACAUUUUCCAGUUCACAGUCGAUGUGAGCGAAUUUUCUCCAGAGGAUGUCAUCAUUACAUCCUCAAACAACCUGCUGGAGGUCCACGCUGAGAAGCUGGGAGAAGAUGGCACAGUCACAAAUACGUUAUCCCACCGAUGCGCUCUACCAUCAGACGUGGACCCUGUGUCUGUGACCAUGUCCCUGGGGAGCAGCGGGGUCCUGACGGUCAGAGCUCACAGGAUGUAAUCUCACCACUACACCAGUGACCCUCCUGUGAAACUCUGGAGUUUAGUGACCUCUACUGGCGAGUUGAGGAUCACACAGUGUACCAUUCACAGACUAUGGGAAAUAUGAGAAACCUCAUCCAGUACAAUUGAAGCCACCAACAAUGGAAAUAAAAUGAAAAAAGCAA